CCCUUUGGUUCCGUUACGCAAGAAUUACUGCCAAAUUAUUUGAUAGCACAUACUGGAUUUUUAGUGAUGACGCCAUGCUUUUCUUGAACUGUGACAUCGAACUACUACAGCUCGUCCCGAAGGAAUCAAUGCCCCAGUUAUUCUCUUCGUUUCUCGCUUUUGCAUAUAGAUUCUCUUGCGAUAAGAUAUUUGAAUUUUGUGUAAACGAAGGAGUGACGGCAGAUGUAUGUGUUCCUCAAUUCUUUGAGAACACCAAGGGCUUUGACUCGUCCAUCUGCUGGAACGAAGAUGUCCAAGAGUAUUUUAGAAAAUUUAAGUCAGGAGAAAAGAAUGUUAUCACUUUGGAGUCCCUUAAAGAGAAGCCAUUUUAUCCAGAAGAAGCUAAAGUGUCGGAAUUUACAUUCGAGAUAAUUCAGAAACCUCUUUCAGGUAUAGAUUACAAAUAUUCUUGUAAAUCUGCAGCUGUGCAGGUGUGCAUGGUGAAAAAUUAUUCUUUGAUAUAAAGUUGAUUAAUUUUAAGCAUAUUCUUAAAAAUAGCUUUUGAAAUAAGCUAGCUUGUUAUAUAUGAAAGCAAUACACCUCAUCGUAUAGGCUGUAUUCUGUGACCAAAAAAGUUCCUUAGAAAACGAGUUUUGUCGCCUCCCUUCUCGCCCUACUAUAAAAUUACAUCAAUCUAUAAACUGAUUCUUAUAUGCCUGGUACGAAUUUACUUCACGAAAACCUGCAAUAUCUUUAUAUUUUACCAUCAAAAAAUCAACAUUUUCUAUUAAAAUUACCACUGAGGAAACUUCAUGUUAUACACAGUUAUUGUACUAAUUUAGAGGGGGCGGUAUUACGCGGUUCAUCUAAAUAUGAAAUUGCGAAGAUUCUUUCAUCAAGAAUUUUAAAGAUUCUAAACUUGUCCUACAAUUUUCCUGGGGUAAUGUCUAGCUCAAUUUUUUAUCAACAAUGAACAAGGAGCACACGAUAUUCGAUAAAUCUUCAGUCAAUUGAAUUAAGCUCCAGUACCCAGAUGUAUUUGACACAAAUUGUCAUUGGAAACAGUUCCUUCGUAAAACUAUUGCUCAUGAACGAAAUCAGAACAUGAUGAAAAACAGUUUCUUUUAAUAUAAGGAGCUUUUUCUUAUGGGGCAUUAACCACAAAGGCGAUCUAUGACCACAAAGACAAUCACACGUUUAAAUAUCCUCGCGCUCAAUCUUUCUAUACACUUUUUCUUCAAUCUAACCGGGAGCAGCUGCGAAAAAUGAAACUAUAGUAUAGGUCUUGUGGCUGCGAUUUCGGUGUAGCGCUCUAACGCUAUCCAAUAAACACAAAAGCCGGACUCGGGAAAUGUCUGCUUGACUCGGCAAAUUGUUUUCGUAGUCAGCGAAAAUAUUUGAGUGGCUCGGAAUAAAAAGUAAUAGUACAGCAAAUAUUUUGCUAAAUUUAAGAAAAUUACGGAAAAAGUUAACAAAUUACGAUCCAUUAAUGAGAAAUUUGUGCAAAAUAGUAUGUCCGGAAAAUUUUUGGACUCCCCCCGCGACUGAAUUAUAUUAGCGACUGAAAUGUUGUGGGCAAGGGGUGAGGAAUAUAAAUAUUCACAGGCGAGGUAAGGUGCUUUGGGCCAUAUAUAUUAAAAGAUGGCGUCGGAAUACUCGAAGAAAAAUGCGAAACAUAGGCCCACUUGCCCUCCAAUUGUUUUUUUUCUUACAUAUUUAAACAUUCCUGUAGAUCAGAGAUUGCGUUGCAAGUUGGAAGAAAAACUGCUUCGUUUAACACUAUAACAUCGCCUUUAAUAGCCGUAGUGAACACGUUCUAUCGCUUAGUCAAUGCCUUUCAAAGGUCGACAUUUGUGAAAUUUUGACAACGUAUUCGUGUGCAAUAUUGCCCAGGGGUUGGGGAAUUGACAGUUUUAGGAAUAAAAAUCUCCGGGGGGAUGGUAACAGGAAGAACUUAACCAUGCAGACACUUCUACUGCGUACGCCUUUCUAAACGGCCACCUCUUUAAUAUCAACGCCUUUCUAAUAAUGCGGACACCUUUCCUAAUGUCAAAAACGAAGGAAUUUGAAAACGGACGUAGCCUACCUUCCUAAUAUGGAUACCUCUCUAAUAUGAAUACCUCCCAAAUAGAGACACCUCCCUAAAGCGGAUAGUCCUCUCAUACAGACACCUCUCUGAUAGUGUUAAUGUAUAUUCUGUGCGAGGUACAGUAUAUAUAGAACUAUAUAAUUAUGAUUUAUUCUUAUUUAUUCAGAAAUUGAACGCCUUCUGAGAGAUGGGAAGAUUUAUGUGGAGUUCAAGUAUGCCUGGCACUUCCUUUUAUCAAAGCUUCGGCUUUCCAGCUAUGAACGGAAAGUAAAAAUGGCAGACGACUGUUUAAAACAUGGAGCAAACCCAAACAACAGAGGAGGUCCUGGGGUAACUGCGCUAAUGCUAGUGUGUGAGAAGCUAAAUGAUCUUUUUGCGUAUCCACCUGCGCUGGAACAGAUGGUCUCGUUACUCUUGGAGCACGGAGCUGAAGUGAAUCAACAGGAUUUUUAUGGGCGUACUGCGCUUCACUAUGCAUUUGAAUCCAAAUAUGACAAUGACCCUUUUUUAGAAGAAAGCCUUGCUCAAAGACAACGUGUUGUUCAAACCCUUAUUCAGGAUAAUGCAGACAUUUAUCUAAAAGAUUCGUCGGGGCUUUCCGCCAUUGAUAUGGCUAACCGUGCGCGACGCAAAUCUUGGUUAAAAACCGACGAAGCAUCAUUGACAGGGACAUGCUCAAAGAAAAGAUAGAGAUCGUGCUCCGAAGAAAAUUAAAGCCAGCUUCAAUCUGGACUAGUCCCUUAUUCAAAAGAAAGCAGGACUCGUACGAGAAACUCUUUGUCUUUGGAAAACUUACAUUUGAUAAAAAUCUUAAACUUUCUCGAUUACUUGGAACCCAAAAACUAACCUUAGCGACCAACGCACGUAUGAACUUUCAAUUACGUAGAUUAAUCAUUAAAUUUAAAAGACUUUCUAUACCAUCCAUGCUAUACCGUACUUAUCGUCGUAAUCAAGACAGUUGUUGCAUGUAAAUAGCAAACAUAUAAGUAAUUUUACUUAUGUGUAGGUAAUAGUAUGGUUUCGAGAGCAACUUGAAGUCUUCGAAAAAUACACGAGUGUUUGUUUUUCCAAAUUGCACAAGAAACUUUACUGUUAGUUAUCAGUUAAAAAUAUUCAUGAAAAAUUAUGCAAAAGUAAAUUCAAAGUUAGUUGCAUGCACGAAACUCAUGAUUUAUACUCAUUUGAAUGACACACCACGGACAGUGAUUUUUCAAGCCUUGUAAAAAUUCGUGAAAAGCUGUAAAACUACAGAUGUGGACCUCAC